CAGGCCCCGGUGCAACUGCACCUCCUGCUCCCUCGGUACUUACGCCACUGAGUAGUGCUGAGAGUUGUAGUUGCAGUGUAGCUGUAUGACCACUGGUUACUCACUGUAUUAACUUGUUUCUUUCCAGGGAGGAUUAAGAUCACACUAGUUAUUAUGAGUGGAGCUGCCAUACUCCAUCCCUCCUCUCACUCACCUCUUUUCUCAUUGUUGCAAAGUUUCUUGUAUAAAGCUACAAAUAUUUCUGAGCCUGAUACUCCCCCUAUUCAGGAACUGAGAGGGUUAACUCCCAGGAGUACAAAGUGCUGUUUGUCUUUGAUAAAAAUGGAACUUUCAGUUUCGUUUCUUGUUCAGUUGCUGUUCCUGCUCUCAGUGAUGGCGGCUGCUGAUCUGAGAGACGAGCUGAGCUGCUCCAUCUGCCUGAGCAUUUAUACUGAUCCUGUAUCCCUGCCGUGUGGCCAUAACUUCUGCCAGGUCUGUAUUGGGACAACAUGGGACACCCAGGAGGGAUCUGGGGCUUAUUCCUGCCCUGAAUGCAGACAGGAGUUUAAGGAGCGCCCCGCCCUGCCCAGGAACAGAACUCUGAGGAACAUAGCAGAGCGAUUCCUUUCUGCUCAACCGGAGCCGGGGGAGACUGGGAUUCCCUGCACCUACUGUGACUCCCAUGUACCUGCUGUUAAAUCCUGUCUCCUGUGUGAGGCUUCUCUGUGUGAGACCCACCUGAGGAUGCACAGCAAGUCAGCGAAACACGUCUUAAUAGAACCCACAAUGCACCUGGGGGACAAGAAAUGCUCCGUCCAUGAUGAACCCCUGAAAUAUUACUGCUGGGAGGAGUCUGUCUGUGUCUGUGUGUAUUGCUGGGUGUCUGAGGAGCACAGGGGCCACAGGGUGGAGCUGCUGAGUGAGGCCUCUGAGAAGAAGAAAGAGAAAGUGAGGAAAGUUGUGGAGAAACUGAGGCCAGAGAGAGAGGAGACUGAGAGAGGAGCCCAGAGACUGCAGGAGCGCAGGAGAGAAGUGGCAGAAAAAGCAGCCGGUGAGACAGAGAGAGUCACUGCCCUGUUUAGAGACAUCAGGGAACAGCUGGAAGCCCUAGAGAAGAGACUCCUGAGUGACAUCUCCAGCCAGAAAGAGAAGCUCUCACUCACACUCACUGAUCUGAUGGAGCAGCUGGAAAUAAAGAAGGACGAGCUGUCCAGGAAGAUCCGUCACAUUGAGGAGCUGUGCAACAUGGCAGAUCCACUCACUGUCCUACAGGAACGGGAAUCACAUGGAGCUGCAGAUAAUGAGGGGGGCAGAGAGAGACAUGAUAUAAAGGUCCCUGCUGUAGGGGAUCUGGAUGUGGAUCUGAUCUCAGAGACAUUACUCACAGGCUUAGCUGCCAUUGUGACUGGGGUAAAGGGAAGGUGGAUCUAUGGGCAGGAGGCUACAGACCUGUUACUGGAUAUAAACACGGCUGGGAAUCUUGUAUCCGUAUCAGGGGACAGGAAAUCUGCUUCCUACUCACUAACAGAACUACAUUACCCACAAUCCCCAGAGAGAUUUCAGGUUCCUCAGACUUUAAGCAGCAGGAGUUUCCCCUCAGGGCGACAUUACUGGGAAGUGGAGGGCAGUGAAUCAGGGGGCUGGAGGGUAGGGGUGGCCUAUCCCAGUAUAGAGAGGGGAGGGGGUCAGUCCUGUAUUGGGGAUAAUAACAAGUCCUGGUGUUUGCGCAGAUGGUAUAAUAACAGAUAUACAGUGAGACAUGACAGUAAAAGGACAGAUUUACCCCACGUCUCUUCCUGCAGGAGAAUCAGGAUCUCAUUGGACUAUGAGGCCGGACGUGUGUCCUUUUAUGAGCUGAGUGAGCCAAUCAGACACUUACACACCUUCACUGCCACAUUCACUGAGCCCCUCCAUGCUGCAUUCUGGGUGAGGAGGGAAGGUGACUGGGUGAGAAUCAUUAGAGAUAGAAAAAAAGGAGAAGAAGUACUGACACUAGAGACAGACAGACAGACAGAUAAGAGACAUAGAGAAGUUCUACCUAAAGACUCAGAUGCAGGAGGAGGAUGUUGUGUCUCAUAAUCC